AUGGCGACCGCGGAUGGCUCAGAUGAUAUUUUGUCAAACAAAGACGGCGACCUAAAUUGUGAACCGUGCUUAAGUGAUGGACGGACACGAACUGUUGAAGGUUUCUGCAUGGAGUGUGAUGAAUAUCUGUGUCAGUCAUGUCUGGAUACGCACAGGAUACUACGUGUGACAAAACCCCACCAUGUUAAAAGAGGAGAAGACAUACCAAGAAAGAAGCCAAAUAAACUAGCUCGGUAUCCCGCUGAAAGCAGCUGUCAUGUACACACUGACAGUAAAAUAACGUCGUUCUGUAAAUCGCACAAGCAAUUAUGUUGUGACCAGUGUGUGAUUCUGGGGCAUAAAGUUUGCACUGAUGUAAAGUCAAUCGGCGAUUAUUCCAAAGAAUUCGUGAACAGCGAAGACUAUAAAACGGCUGUUCAGAUGCUUAAGAAUUUACAAUCAGCAUACACCGCGAAAAAGAAAGAGGCAAACAUGAAUCUUGAGGAAGUUGACCUUUAUUACCAUAAUGCAAUGGAGACGUUCAAAGUAGAACUUGACAAAAUCAAGAUGUCAGAUAUAAGAACUUUAAAGGCUGUGGUCUCUACAUAUGACAGUGUUCUUGGUCAGCUUGGUUCCUGGUCCGAAAGUAUCGACACGUAUAAAAACAAAAAUCAGGACAAUGAACUCGCCAUCUUGGUGUUGCGGUCCAUAAGAGAUGUAGAUACGAUCAAAGAUAAUAUUCAAAAGUUAUGUAGCGACGGCAGUAUUGUCAGAUAUGGCUUCGUGCCAGAUAAAACAUCACUGCUUCGUCUAGUCAAAGCGCCCUUUCUUGUUCGGACGAUUACUAUCAAACUUGAAAAUGACGAAAACACAUGUAACAUCACAGACAUUGCGUUGUUACGAGAUUACCUGGUCUUAUUUGCGGACUUCGAUAAUUUAAAACUAAAGUUAUUCGAUACUGGUAAUUCUACUCUUGUUUCAAAUGUCAAAUUACAAAAUAACCCAAGGCGGAUCUCAGUAACAGAGCACGGUGAAGCAUUCGUGACAUAUAAUGGCCAACCUAAACUUCUCCACCUGAAGUCUCCAGCGACAGACCUCACCACUUUUCGGGAGAUAAACGUAGACGGGAAAUGUUACGCCGUUGAAUGUUUUAACAAAACCCUGAAAGUCCAGUGUUUGAACCCGGCCAAAACUAUUGAAGUAGACGAAGAUGGAAAACAAACCAGGGUUAUCAGAAAUGACUUAAGUAAGGAAACCACAGAAAAUGGAGAACAGUUUGUUUCAUUCCCACAAUGGUCAACACAAGAUCCAGCAACUGGGUCGAUGUACGUUUCAUGUAGUAGCAAAGAUUCAAUAACAGAAAUCAAAAGUGACGGUAAUGUUAAGUUACUUGUGAAGUCAGACAAGCUGAAUUAUCCUCAUGACCUGUGCAUGGAUAUUGAUGGUUCAAUCAUCGUGUGUAGCUACGGUAGCAAUGAUGUUUUUAGGGUGAAGAGGAAUGGAGACAUCCAGAGUGUUUUACCCCAACCUCUGGACUUUAACCCUAAGGCAGUGGCUCUUGAUAAACGUACAAAGCGAUUGUAUAUCGGUGGAAAUUCUGAUAAACUUUUUGAGUUCCAAAUCUAA